AUGGACGCACUACUGGACCAAGCACGCACAAUCUACGAAGGCGAAAUCGACUUCGAAGGCCAACGUCUAGCAGAAUAUAUCACAUAUGGCUUUCUAUCCCUUGUGGGCGCCAUUGCCUUCCUAGUCGGCUUCUUCACACAAAACAUCUACGCGACCCUCUAUGUCGGCCUUGGGGGCACCGCUCUCGCCUUCCUCGUGGUCGUGCCACCGUACCCUUUCUUCAACAAACACCCGCAGAAUUGGCUGCCACCUAGGACAACACAAGGCGCGAUGCAAGGGCUGGAUUUGACAGGAAUUGAAGUUGAUGGGAAGAAGAUCAGCUAG